GUACUUGUAGGUAAAGGUUAAGAAAAUAGUUUUGAAAAAGAAGAUCUCUGUUUAUUUAUAAUACACUGGUAGGUAAAAGGAGCUAUUGUAUUCAUUUUAAUUAAUUCAUUAAAAGGUAUUGCGAAAUGGGAAAAUCAAAGAAAUCUAAAAAGCAUAAGAAAUAUUCCAGUUCUGAAGAAGAAUGGGUAGAAAAACAAAUUUUUACUAAGUCGAAGAAAGCAAAAAUAAAAUCUAGUAAAAAGAAAAGACAUUAUAGUUCUUCUAAUACAGAUUCUUAUAGUUCGGACGAAAAAUACAAGCAAAAGUCUAAAUACACCUCUGAUAGUGAUGAAAGUAAAAGUAGCAAAGAAACAGCAAAAUUUCAUAAUACUAAAACAGAAAAUGAGCAAGAAUCAAAUCCUCAAAGAGAAGAAUGGAUGAACAUACAAACUAAAUUUUACACUACCUCAAAUUCAGAUCGCAAGAGAGAACGGGAAGAACAGAAAAGAAUAGAAAGAGAAAAACAACAGUAUGAUCCUAGAACUUGUGAUAGAGAACUCAAUCCAUAUUGGAAACAAGGAGGAGAUGGUUUACCGAAAUUCAAAAAACCUUGUGAUUCUGAUAAUGAAGAUAAAGAUUAUAGUAAAAACUAUAAAUCUAAUUUACCUAAUAGUGGGGAGUCAAAGUGGAGAAAGAAAUAUGAUACUGAUAAUUCUCAAAGCAGGCCAUCGAGCAGUUCUUCCAACUGGAGAAAGAAAGAAUUUGUGGACGCAAAAGUAAGCAAUACCGUGAAUAAUCUUGGAAAGCAAGAGAAACCCGUAGAAGAUAUGCAAUACACUGAAAAAGACUUGAAUGCACUCGCAGCCAAAUUAGUUAAGGCAGAAAUCAUGGGAAACACAAAACAAAUAGCAGAUUUGAAAGAGAAAUUAGAAAAAGCAAGAAAUUCUUUAAAAGAAACAUUAGUAGAUGAAGAAGUUAUACUAACACAAACAGAUCAUAGAGGAAUGUCAAAACCUCUCCAGUUACGAGCUGAAUAUGGAGAAUCUAGUAAAUCUAAAAAGAAGAAAAGAACUGAAACUCACAAAGACAAUCAGAGGAUAAGAUAUUUUGCUGACGAUGACAAAUAUUCUUUGAAAGAGAUGUUUGAAAACGAAAAAUAUAAUGCAGGAGGUAACCAAGACCAAGAGUUCUUGAAAGCAUACAGUAAAAUUAAACAUAAUGAUGAUUUAGAUGACAUAUUUUCAGAUAAUAUCAGAGAAAAGCAUUCAGAUUCUAAAUUGGAUGAAAAGAAUAGAACAAAAGCAAUAAAUGACCACCAAAAAAUAUCAAAGAGUUUAGAUAACUGUGAUAAGUGUCUUCAAUCUGAAUUCAUGUUGAAACAUCUGAUGGUAUCUAUGGGAGAUAAUGUGUACUUAGCUCUUCCUCCCUUUGAACCAUUAACUGAUGGUCAUUGUUUAAUAAUACCGAUAAGACAUACUCCCUGUGCUACCCAACUGGAUGAAAAUGAAUGGUCAGAUAUCCUGAAUGUUCGGAAAUCACUGGUAAAACUCUUUCAGCAAACAAAUGAAGAUUUAAUAUUUUUUGAAUGUGCUAUGAAUUUACACAGGUUCCCUCACAUGGUUAUUGAAUGCAUACCAUUACCCAAAGAAGAAGGAGACAUGGCUCCAAUAUAUUUCAAAAAAGCUAUAGAUGAAUCUGAAAUAGAAUGGGCCCAAAAUAAAAAGUUGAUAUCUUUAAAAGGUAGAGAUGUUAAAAAAGCAGUUCCCAAAGGUUUACCUUAUUUUUCUGUAUCUUUUGGUAUGGAGGAAGGUUUUGCUCACGUUAUAGAAGAUGAAAAAUUGUUUCCUACUAAUUUUGCACAAGAAAUUAUUGGAGGAAUGUUAGAUUUGCACCACAGUAAAUGGAGAAAACCAAAGAGGCAAAGUUUUGAUGACCAAAGUAAGCGGGUAACAACAUUUUCAAAGAAAUGGAAAGAUUAUGAUUGUUUUGUUAGUUACUGAAGAAUCCAAUAAAUUUAUUUCUCUAGUUCAAA